AUGCCGGCUGGCGAUUACAUCAUGCCUGGUCACGGACCCGCGGCCAAAACAUUGGAACCUCUGCUUCACUCUCGCCAACCUCUCGCUUCUCUCCCUCCCGAAUUGCGCGCUUUACUCCCACCAGCCACGUUGGUUCGUUCCGUGGCCCUGCGACGGGCGCGUCCGACGUCCAUGGCGGGCGUUGACCAGAAAUCAUUUCUGGGGACUCUCUCCCCAUGGAGCACCCCGAGAAGCUCUACCCCUCAGCCUUCCGAUCGCCCGCUACCAAACCCAGAUGUCUUGCAACGGUCGCAGGGUGAGGACCACACCGUGACCCACCGACAUAAGUUGAGCCAGCGCCACUAUCCAUCCGAUUGCCCGCCGUUGAAAGCGAGAUGGUUCUAUGCCGUGGAUUCACCAAAGCGAAAGCCUGCACUACUCGACCAGAAAAGGCCCGACCAGAAACCGCCGCCCCCGCCCAAGAAAUUCAUUCCCUUCUCGCCCAAAGACUCGCAGUCCAUUGAAACUACAUUUCAGAAACUAUCGGAUUUUGAAGACUCCCACGAGCAUGGAAAGAACCGGAGGGAGGCCACGUCACAUAUUUCGACCAAGGUUCCGGUCAACGAGGAUUACUUGUUUGAUGUAGAUGUGGCCGAACGAGAGCUCAGCCCGGCCUAUUGGAUCGGUCCUGUUUACGAAGUCCGGCGUGGAACUUGGUUUUUCCAAGAAGGCUCUGUCUUUAGACCAUGCGAGGAGAAUCUGGCGACUCAACUAGAAGAGGGAUACUUGAAGCUGCAGCCGUGGAAAGCCGAUAUGGAAGAGGGCAGAUCGCCCGAUUCGGCUUCGAGGGAUGGACACAACCGAUCUAGUGAGACCGCAGACGCUCAAUCCAGUCACAUGGACGCACCUCGCUCUGUCAAGCCUCAGAAGCAGUCCCAAAGCGCUGGAAACCGAUCAACUGCGCCUCCUUCGGAGGCUCCGCAGUAUCGCUUGUUUGGAGCCUACAUGAACAGGAUCGUUGCCUAUCAGGAUGCUUCAACAGCCUGGCUCACUACUGACGAUUUCAUGUCUCGCGUUAGCACCACCGUAUAUCAAACUCUGGGCGGUGUUCCCGGCACCAAAGUCGUACGUGGAUUGGUGGAAACCAGACGACCCAGGGAACCGGUCGACUCUCGGGGACCAGAGCGGAAGCAAGAUGAGAAGAUGCCAGGCGCGGCUCACCCGGAGCCCGGAUUCGCCUCCAAUAACACGCCAGAGACUGGAUCUAAUCCAGCAGAUAUGUCGGGAACCCAAAGUGACAUCGAGGUUGAAACAGCGGACAGGCGCCCAAUCUCAACGUUAGAGCGGCAAAUGUCGUCCCUUGCAGGCGAACCACAGAAUCCAGCCGAACUCGAAGAGCAGGCCCGUAGACAGGAAGAGCAGGAAAUGGAAGACUCGAGAGAGGUUGACACUGAAGAUCGAGAGCGAGACGUCGAUCAUUUGGUGCUGGUCACCCACGGCAUCGGCCAGCGGCUGGGGUUGCGCCUGGAGAGCAUCAACUUCAUUCACGACGUCAACGUGCUUCGCAAGACCUUGAAGGGAGUCUACAAAGCAUCGCCUGAUCUCCAAGCGUUGAACUCAGCAUUCGCAGACAGCGAUAGCAAUUGUCGCGUUCAGGUUCUCCCUGUUUGCUGGCGUCAUCUUCUUGACUUUCCAUACCGUGGAGUUCGACAGAAUCGAAAAGAACUUGAUUUGACGGAGGCGGAUACGCUUGAAGAUGAUGCGUAUCCUAGCCUAGCAGAUAUUACACUUGAAAGUGUUCCCGCCGUUCGGAAUCUUAUCUCAGACCUAGCGAUGGACGUACUUCUCUACCAGAGCGGAUACUGUGAGCACAUCUCGAAUAUCGUCAGGCAAGAGUGCAAUCGAAUUCUUCGACUUUACCAAAAACGCAAUCCAUCUUUCAAAGGAACCGUGAGUCUCUGCGGUCAUUCUCUCGGGAGUGCCAUUUUAUUCGACAUCCUGUGCCACCAACCAGGCGACCUCGAUGCCGUGAAAGGGGGCAAGUCGAGCACCCAGGACAGUGAUGAUAUGGCCGACCAACGAGGUGGAGUGCGGAGUGCGUUAAAUUUUGAGUGCGAAGAAUUCUUCAGCCUGGGGUCACCUAUUGCCCUCUUUCAGAUGCUGAAGGGAAAGACUAUUGCCGGGCAUUCUCCCCUUGGCGCCAGGAACCGAACAAGCGCACUGGAUGUCCAGUUAGACUCCCAAACAUUGGGCUCGCUCAGGGCCUCCAACCGGGACUCCCACUCUAAUUCCAGGCGGGACAUGAUUGAGAAGUCGGCUAUCAUCUCUGCGCCAAAAUGCCGCGACCUCUACAAUAUCUUCCAUCCCUCGGAUCCCGUGAGUUAUCGGAUCGAGCCACUCAUUUCGCCGGCGAUGGCAAGCCUCAAGCCCCAACCACUGCCCUCUGUUAAGAAAAGCCUGUGGACAAGCUCCGGACAAAGUCUCUCCAUUUUGGGGUCCCGCAUGGGUCAGGAGUGUGGGCUCCCUUUGGAUUUGGGGCUGAACGCUGAAGACGCUUCCACUGUUCGGGAUGCUGGGGCCGUCAAGCCGACUGACGAUCCGGCGGGACAUAAGCGCACCCAGCCAGGCAUGGGCCAGGAUGGCUCGCAGGAGUCGGACGAUCAUUUCGAGACUCUCAUUGAUCAUGACCUCGAGACCCUCUAUGACGGCUUCCAGAAGAGCCGGGCCGUCCAUAAGAGGGAUUCUGCCCAUUCUUCCGGCGAAACAGACUCUGGUGUCGACUCAGAAGACCAGGAGCGGAAGUUGAAGUUUGAAGAUGCCAAAGUACGUGCCUUGAACUCCAAUGGCCGCGUGGACUAUAGCAUUCAAGAGGGUGCGUUCGACAUCUCAUUGAUUGCAAGUAUUGCUAGCCACCUCACCUACUGGGGCGAUGAGGAUGUGAAUCACUUUAUGCUCUCUCAAAUGCUGUCGCGCAAAUCGCGACAUCGGAUCAAGGGAGGCAGUCCUGUAGACAAGCCCAUGAGCGCGGAACUCCAACAAGUCCAGAAAGUGUGGGAUCGCACUCGCUCCAACAGCCCGAUCUAUGAAUUCCUUCUGAGCGAGGUCGACGUCUACGACGCUGAACAGGGUGUGGUUCGGGCCCGACUCCAAGUUGGCGCCCGCCAACUCAACUCCAAGGGCACUCUGCACGGUGUCUUCUCGGCCUGCGUGACUGACUGGGCCGGUGGCCUGGCCAUUGCCUCCUGCGGACUGGACGCGACGGGUGUCAGCACCGAUAUCCACGUCAACUACCUCUCCACCGCCAAGGACGGCGACUGGCUGGAGAUCGAGAGCCGUGCCAACAAGGUCGGUAAAUCGCUUGCCUUCACCACGGUAACCAUCUCCAAGAAGACCGAGACAGGUCUUAGCAUUGUCGCUCAGGGCUCGCACACCAAGUAUGUCCGGACACGAUGA